GUCGGCUGUGCUUACGUAUAUUUCUAGUGAAUUUUUCCUAGUGCAAAAUUCAAAUAUGGGGCUUUGGCAAACAUAACCUAUUACAAAUGCACGUGUAUCAACAUACUCAUAUGUAUGUACCACUUGUAAACAAAAUAGCUUGCUAUUUUUAGGAUAAUAUUAAGAUCAAUGAAUUCAACUAACAGAAACUCUACAAUGUCUGUUGAAGAAGCUAUAAAAAAGUUUACGGACAUUAUACGUUCGUUAAAUGCAGUUGAUCAACAAACAUUUUUAUCAUUUAUAGCUGAUAAUUGGAAGCCUGAAGAAGCAAAGAUUCAAUCCAUUUCACAAAAUUGUACCGAUGGUUGUCAUAAUAAGUGCAGCAUAGAAGAAGAUCAGUUAAGAAGUUUAAAAAAUAUUGUCCUUGACAUUAGAAACAGAGUACCAUUCGAUGGUAUACUUCCAACAGAACAGAUUGUACCACCAACGAUUGGAGAGAAUUCAGAUUGUGAUGAUGCAUCAACAAUUCAUGUUGAUGCAUUUCUUUAUGAUAAUAAGGAAGUUGAUGAACUCAUAGAACAAGGGGAAGUGGAUAAUUUAUAUUGCGCCAACUGUGGAUCUAAUAAUGUGAAAGAAUAUAAUAUUAUAUCUCAUUCUCUAUCAGUAUCUGGUAUGUUGUACAUACUUCAUACUGUUUUACCAUCUUUAGAGAAUAAGACUGUGCUCGACAUAGGAUCAAGAUUAGGUGCUGUUUUGUAUGGGACACACAUAGUGACAUCUGCUAAAAGAAUUAUUGGAGUUGAAAUGAACAAAGAACUUUGCAUGUUACAGUAUGAUAUAGUACAUAAAUACAAAAUGAAUGACCGCAUUGAGAUCGUAAAUAAAAGAAUCGAGGAAUGUCCAGAAAUUGUACAAAAAAGUGAUAUCAUUAUCAUGAAUAAUCCUUUUGAAUUUUACGUAGCAGAGUCAGUGCACAUAGAAAUCUGGAAAUUUCUGAAGGCAAACAUUCAAAGUGGAACAAUUCUCGUUACCAGGCCUCCUAUAGAAACAACGUUUAAAACUUUAAAAACUGGAAUAUCAAUAAGUAAAUGGUUGAGACCUUAUGAAUCAGAAAAAUUUACAAGAGAACCACAAGUGUUUGGAUCAUUGAUUUUAGAUCCUAAUGAACAUUCCGACAUUCGAUUCUACGAAGUACUAUAAAAGAAGUAUAAUUUUUAAUUUGACCAAUUCAACAGAAACUACUUUUACUAUGUUGUAACAUCAACUAGACAAUAGAAACGAAGUAUUUCAAUUUGAUAAAAUGUACUAUUAAUGGUGGUCGUGUUUAUUGAAACCAUGAACUUCAUAAUAUUUUCACGGUCAGAAGAGAAAAAACAAAUUAGCACAGUCAUGGCAGGGGCAUGGAAAGCUUGUAGCGUUACAGGUGUAAUCAUAACUACACACUUGCGUCAAUUGUAGGUGGGAAAGCUUCCCUUCUAGGAGAAGCGAUUUCAAUGCAAUCGAUCCCCUCCUUUUACACAGGAACUCGGGUAUAGGUGGUCACCGCAGAGUGGUCAAGUUCAAAACUCGAGUUCAGUCGGCCAUCAGCUACGAUUGACGUACAAUCAUUGCAUACAUUGCUUUUCUCAAUUACCACCGAUUCAAAAAUUAAAUACCCGUGGACAAGAAACUACAAUGAGCGUUGAAGGCGUCUGGCUGAACUACUUUAAUUUCAAUUGUAAAAAUCGAAUUUUACCGCGACGUAAAGGUGUUAUCUAUUAACAACUAAUUGUAUUCUCUUAUCUUCUACAAAUUUUUCUUGAAUAUCUUAAAAUGUAAAAUUCUUUGCGAUCGCUUUCAUGUUAUCGAACGAGAAUAAAAUGCAGAAUACAGCAUCAAAAUGGACAGGUAAGGAACAUAACAGGAAAUAAAAAGUUUUAAAUAAGA